AUGAGUUUUACCCAAGGAUUAGCUAAAAUUAAAGAAAAUGACGAGAAACAUAAGUCUACACCUGUCGCUAAGGUAGCGCCAGAACUCAAGCAAAGCAGUGAUGCUGAUACUCAAAUAUCAAAAACGUGUGCAGUUUUAGGAUGUGAAGAAUCGAAAAAUUUUAAUUCCGAUUCAUUCUUUCCAUUUCCUGAGGAUCCUGUACAAAGACAAAUAUGGGCUGACUUAACUGGAAGGAAUAACUGGACCCCAACUGAUUAUUCUUAUAUUUGUGUACAACAUUUUUCUGUAGACUGCUUUGAAUGUGACUCCAAUAAUGCCGUUGUUCUCAUAAAUAAAGCCGUGCCCUCACUGAAGCUUCCAAAACAUGUCCUUGAGGUUGAAUAUAUAGAGGAAGACACGCUAGAUAAUGAUGACCCUGAUAGCUAUUCAGACAAUGAUUAUGAGAUGGAUCAAAUCUCUAACGAUACUGAGCAGCCUAUUCCUAAAGAUUAUAAAUUAGAAAACUCUCUAUCUAACGGUCCUCAUUCUCACACAAUCUUAACUAAUGAUUUAGAAGAAGAUUUAGCUCAGAUAAAUGAUAGAGAAGCAAAUAUUGAAGCCUUAAAACUAUUUACGGAGGUACAAAAGAUGCAACGACAAGCUGCAGAACUAAAGGAAAAGUAUAAGUAUAGCACGCGCGCAUACAAGCGUCAAUCGCGCUUUUUAGCCCGACUUCAAGAGGUUAUAACUAUGAAGAAGAAUAUUUUGAGUCAAAAACGGAAGAAGAAAUCUAGAAUACUGUUGUCAUUACAAGAUAAGAUGAGGGAAGACACCACCGGUCUCGUGUUAGCUAUGCCCACGAGACAUACUGACGACUUAAAAAACUUUGCUUUAAGUAUUUAUAGAUACUCCCCACAGGCCUACGUUUACAUUAGAAAUACGCUGCGAACUCUUCUGCCCGGUACGGAGACGCUAGAAUCUUGGAUAUCAUCGGGCUAUGAACCAAAGAGUGUUUUAACUAACAGUAAUCUUAUUAGAGUAAUGACAGAUUUGAACGAUACCGGAUUGAAUUGUAGAGUUUCUUUACGUUAG